AUGACACACAUGUGUAAUGUACACCAGUCCCUACACCCUUCACUGCUGACAGGGAGACUGUCUAGUCUGCAGUCCCAACACCCUCCACUGCUGACAGGGAGACUUUCUAGUCUGCAGUCCCUACACCCUCCACUGCUGACAGGGAGACUGUCUAGUCUGCAGUCCCAACACCCUCCACUGCUGACAGGGAGACUUUCUAGUCUGCAGUCCCAACACCCUCCACUGCUGACAGGGAGACUUUCUAGUCUGCAGUCCCAACACCCUCCACUGCUGACAGGGAGACUGUCUAGUCUGCAGUCCCAACACCCUUCACUGCUGACAGGGAGACUGUCUAGUCUGCAGUCCCUACACCCUCCACUGCUGACAGGGAGACUUUCUAGUCUGCAGUCCCUACACCCUCCACUGCUGACAGGGAGACUUUCUAGUCUGCAGUCCCAACACCCUCCACUGCUGACAGGGAGACUGUCUAGUCUGCAGUCCCAACACCCUUCACUGCUGACAGGGAGACUUUCUAGUCUGCAGUCCCUACACCCUCCACUGCUGACAGGGAGACUGUCUAGUCUGCAGUCCCUACACCCUCCCCUGCUGACAGGGAGACUGUCUAGUCUGCAGUCCCAACACCCUCCACUGCUGACAGGGAGACUGUCUAGUCUGCAGUCCCAACACCCUCCACUGCUGACAGGGAGACUUUCUAGUCUGCAGUCCCUACACCCUCCACUGCUGACAGGGAGACUUUCUAGUCUGCAGUCCCAACACCCUCCACUGCUGACAGGGAGACUGUCUAGUCUGCAGUCCCAACACCCUUCACUGCUGACAGGGAGACUUUCUAGUCUGCAGUCCCUACACCCUCCACUGCUGACAGGGAGACUGUCUAGUCUGCAGUCCCUACACCCUCCACUGCUGACAGGGAGACUUUCUAGUCUCAGGGAGACUGGAAGACUGUCUAGUCUGCAGUCCCUACACCCUCCACUGCUGACAGGGAGACUUUCUAGUCUGCAGUCCAAACACCCUCCACUGCUGACAGGGAGACUUUCUAGUCUGCAGUCCCAACACCCUCCACUGCUGACAGGGAGACUGUCUAGUCUGCAGUCCCAACACCCUUCACUGCUGACAGGGAGACUUUCUAGUCUGCAGUCCCUACACCCUCCACUGCUGACAGGGAGACUGUCUAGUCUGCAGUCCCUACACCCUCCCCUGCUGACAGGGAGACUGUCUAGUCUGCAGUCCCAACACCCUCCACUGCUGACAGGGAGACUGUCUAGUCUGCAGUCCCAACACCCUCCACUGCUGACAGGGAGACUUUCUAGUCUGCAGUCCCUACACCCUCCACUGCUGACAGGGAGACUUUCUAGUCUGCAGUCCCAACACCCUCCACUGCUGACAGGGAGACUGUCUAGUCUGCAGUCCCAACACCCUUCACUGCUGACAGGGAGACUUUCUAGUCUGCAGUCCCUACACCCUCCACUGCUGACAGGGAGACUGUCUAGUCUGCAGUCCCAACACCCUCCACUGCUGACAGGGAAGACUGUCUAG